UACUCAACUUUCCAAUUAUAUAAUGUGGAUGGAGCGUUUAAUAUUUUCUUUGAUGCCUUACACAAAUUGGUUCUUAAUUUUGUUGGUUAUAAUGCCCUUGUUCAGGUAUUCAAUGUAACUGGUAUUGGUGAACUACUCCUGUCUUGGUUUUCGUCUUACUUCUCACACCGUUAUCAAUGAGUCAAUUUGCUUGUAGUGAAAUCGAAUAUUUAUCUUGCAACGUCUGGUGUUCCUCAAGAAGAACACCUUACUCCUUUCACCUGUUAUCCUCAUUUAUCAAUAGUGUCUCAGUGUUCUCUCUACAAGCAUAUUUUAUGUUUUACCGACGAUAUAAAACUUUACUUUCGUAUAUCUUCUUUGGAUGACUGUAUCUUGUUACAGAAUGAUUUUGAUCGAUUUAUUGAGUGGUUCAAUUUACUAGGGUUAUCCCUAUUAUUGUUUCGUUAUUUGGGAUCCUUAUUUCUUGAAGCUGGAAAGGGUCCAACAAAAAUUCUUGAGGUACGCAAGAUUUAAAUUGAAUAUCCCUUGUGAACCCUAUAACUAUGAAUCUGUUGAUUCGCACUUUGGUUUGAUUUCCUUGGCUGAGC